AUGUCCGACCACUUAAAGAAACAUUUAAUGACACAGCUUCAGCUAUUGGACCAGGCAAGUUUUCAUCUACAGGGUAGCAUCAGUGAUUUUGUACAGCAGAUUAAAAUGAAAGCCAUGGAAAGUAAAGAUCACAUUUCUGAUUGUAAUACGACAGUGAUAGAUGCUAUUACAAUGGUUACAUCAGCCCAAAAUACAUUACUGGAACAAGCGGAUAGGUUAGCUGAAUCCACCAAGCUGUACCCACUCACAGUGAUGACAAGAGAAAAGGCAACACCAGAAGUUGCAUGUUACACAGAAGCAAUAAGAAGACAGGAUGGCGAUAAACAUUCUCUAUUAUCACUUCAAGACACAAAACAAAAGACUGAAGAUGACAUAUCAGAUACAAAACAAUGGAGAAACAACUUUGUAGCAGAACAAAAAGACAAUAGGAUAAAAAUUGAAAAGUUGUGCAUAAAACAAAAACAGAAUUUUACAACUCAAAAGGAACAAUUAAAAGAACAAGAUAACAAAAUAGAAGAGCUGAAUCAACAAAUUAAAAGUUUAAAAACAAAAGAAUCAGACACAGACAAAACACUGGAGAAACUGUCUCUAGAUAUGAAAGAAUAUGAAAACAACCCGCACACACUAAAGAAAGAGAUGGGAGAAUUCAGAGACCAAACACAAGGCAUUCAAGGAUUUUCUGAAACAUUCGUGUAUCAGAUUGCCUGUCUUGAAAAAGAUAUUUUAAAGUUGACACGAGAUCUUCAGACAAUUGCCAAUCAACAAUUGAAAAAUACUAUGCCGGGUUUCAUUGCAUCACACGGUAGCUGGGACGGCACAUGCCAACAUAUGACAAUCUACACUGUAGAACGUAACGUAGGAAAUUAUUUCGAUCCAACCACUGGAGAGUUUACCGCCCCUGCUGAUGGCCUGUAUAUAGCGAGUCUCACAAUAAAACAGACAGGAGAUGAUGUUGUGCGAGUUGAUGUUUACCACAAGUCUGAUGGCGUGGAGUCACGGGUCGGUGUUGUUAAGACACAAGACGAUUCUAAAGAAGAGUCAAGAACAAUGUUUGUGCGGAUGAAAGCUGGAGAUUUGUUAUAUUUAGAAUCUGCUUAUGUAGACUACGAGUUUAACAAUUAUUCUUGUUUCUUUUUAGGGGAAUAAUUUAAAUGCAUUUAACCAAAAUACUUAAAAGCAAAAACAAUA